AUGUCAAAAUCAUUCAUUAUUGUCAACUAAAAAUCAACUGAGGGUUUGCAUUGCAGGUGUUUUCAUAUUGUGAGUUAUCUAAUCACUAGCAAUGGGAUCUCUGAAAAAGAGUACAGGCCUUGUUGGCAUGGCAGUAGCGCCAAAUGCCCAUCACACACUUGGUUCUCUGUAUGGCAAAAUUUUGAGAGUCCUACAAAAAAUGCCCGAAUCCGCUGGAUAUAGGAAACAUACUGAACCACUUAUUCGUGAGAGAGCUGCUGUGUUGACACAGACUAAAGAUGUGUAUGAACUGGAAUCAAAAAUUAACUGUGGGCAAGCUGAGGAACUGAUUGUCCAGGCUGAAAAUGAAUUGAACUUGGCUAGAAAAAUGCUGAACUGGAAACCAUGGGAACCACUUGUAUCUGUCCCACCCAAAGGCCAAUGGGACUGGCCUCCUACCAAAUCUUAAAUUAAUUUCAUGAUAGAAACUUUGUAAAGUAGUAAUAAUAUAUAUUAAUGUGAAUACAUAUUUCUGUUAAUGCUUCAAAAUGUAGAUGAUAACAGUACAUAACAGUGAAGACAAUUGUAUUUAAUAAAUACAGAACAGGAUGGGAUAAAUAAUAAAAAGCAAAUGAUAUAAA